AUGGACGUUUUUGACGAGAGGAUGCGGGAUCCACUUCGAGGCCCUCCCGCGAGAGGCCUGCACCAGCCAGACAUUCCGGGUGUCCCUCCCGUACCGCACAAACUCUUCCGGCCGGAUAGCUGUGGCGUCCUGCCGGACUCUCAACCAGAGCCUGAUCCGCGAGCCAUCGCUACCCGGGGAUCCCCGCAACUUCCUCCACCUUGCGGGAUCGUUCUGGCUGCCGCUGAUGCGGAUCAGUCCGCGAGGCCCGGCCCGGCUUCGGACAGCCAUACAGUCUCGCUCAAGAGCGCUAGUUAA